AUGACUGAUUGUUUUGGAGACCCGCAUUCCGAAUUUGACAGCCUCUGCACGGCAGCCAUGGAGGAGGACGCCAAGUUAGACAUUGGAGUGAGAAUGGACCGAAACAUAUCUGUUAGUGAAUUUUCCUGCAGUUGUUGCCAUGAUAUAUUGGUGAACCCCGCCACCCUGAAAUGUGGUCACAGCUUCUGCAGACAUUGUCUCGCCCAGUGGUGGUUGUCUUCUAAGAAGACCGAGUGUCCCCUAUGUUGUGACAAGUGCAAAGAGUUUCCCAAAGUGAACAUACUUCUUAGGAACAUCAUUGAAAAACUGUUUCCUGAUACCAUAAAAGAAAAAUAUGAGGACCUUAAGCAGAAAGUUGAUAUUACCGGAGCCUUGCAGGCCUUCAAUAAGUAUGGCAUUUUCCAGAGUCGGUUGUCUUCCUGGGACAGGCAGGCUAACCACCAGAGGGGCGGAAUUAACUUCUCAGGGGUGCUGACUGUAUUAAAGAGAGUAACAGUUGUGUUACUGGUGUGUUAUCGGAUCAUUCAAGCAUGUGAACAUGACCUCUUGGCCCACAAACCAGUGUCUAAAUGGACCCCUGAAGAGGUAGUCCUUUGGCUUGAGCAGUUGGGUCCAUGGACGUCUGAUUACCAAGACAGAUUUUUAUCUGUCAGGGUAAAUGGAAGGCUACUGCUAAUACUGGGUGAGGAGGAGUUUUCAAAAGAGCCAUACAGUAUAGAGAGCACCAGUCACCGGAAAGCCAUCAUCACGGAGCUGGAGAGAGUGAAGACGCUUGGGGUGAAGCCACCUCAGAAUUUGUGGGAAUAUAGGGCGGUAAACCCUGAAAAAUCCCUUUUCCUGUUGUAUGCCCUGGAAUCAUUGCCACGGCUCAGCAUGUUAUACAUGUAUUUGUUUGAUUAUACAGAGACCUUUUUACCGUUCAUCCACUCCACAUGUCCUCUGCAGGAGGAGGAUGAAGAAGACCAUAUAACCAAAUUCAUAGAUUUACAGGAUCCAACAUGGACACAGUGGCGUGAGUUUCUUGUCAAUUACUUGAUUCUUCCAUAUCAACUUCUUGUUGAGUUUGCAUGGGACUGGCUAGAAAUACAUUACUGGACUUCUCGAUUUAUAAUUGUACAGGCCAUAAUGCUCUCAAUAGUGGAGUUACUUACAUUUUGGAAACUGUGGUCAACCAGCCAACUAUGUUCAUAA